AUGAUAAAAUCUGUAUGGUUGUUUUUUAAUGUACGGAAAAUUAAUGUUGUGACACAUGCUAAAUACGCAACCACGGCUUUGCCACAAUUUUCAUCGGAAAAAUAUGCAAUAAAAAGGAAAAAAUUUAGAAUUCUAAAACCUGCUGAUGUAAAUUAUUUCAAAACGAUCUUAAGUGAAGAGCGAGUAUUGACGGAAGAAUCUGAUGUUUUACCCUAUAAUAUUGACUGGAUAAAAAAUUGUAGAGGACAGUCACAAGUAGUUUUGAAACCGAAAUCAACCGAAGAAGUUUCCCAAAUUCUAUCUUAUUGUAACAAUAAGCGACUAGCGGUAUGUCCUCAAGGUGGAAAUACAGGAUUGGUCGGAGGUUCGGUGCCGGUAUUCGACGAAAUAAUACUAAGCUUCGCUUUGAUGAACAAAAUCAUCAGUUUAGAUGAAAUAUCAGGUUCUCUAGUGUGUGAAGCAGGUUGUGUAUUAGAAAAUUUGGAUAAUUAUGUUCGCGAUCGUAAUCAUAUAAUGCCGUUGGAUUUGGGCGCGAAGGGUUCGUGUCAUAUUGGCGGUAACGUUAGCACGAAUGCUGGAGGACUCAGACUACUCAGAUAUGGAAAUUUACAUGGAUCUGUGUUAGGAAUUGAAGCUGUAAAGGCAGAUGGUACAAUUAUAGAUUGCCUCCGAACUCUAAAGAAAGACAACACAGGGUAUCACAUAAAGCAUUUAUUUAUAGGCUCUGAAGGCACGUUAGGAGUAGUUACCAAGGUUGCUAUUCAUUGCCCGACGUUACCGAAAGCUGUUUCACUUGGAUUUUUUGGUGUAAAGAAUUUCGAGAACAUUCUUAAAUUAUAUACAAAUGCGAAGUCUUCUUUAGGUGAAAUACUAUCAGCGUUUGAAAUGGCAGAUAAUUUUUCCAUUAGAUCAACGGUUACCAAUCUUAAACUAUCAAACCCAAUUGCAGACUAUCCAUUUUACGUCCUAGUGGAGACACACGGGAGUGACGAAGCUCACGAUAAUGAGAAAUUAUCAAGAUUCCUUAACCAAGGUAUGGAAAGCGGACUUAUAAUAGACGGAACCGUUACUUCUGAGCCCACCAAGAUGAAGAAUAUUUGGAACAUUCGCGAGAGUAUUGCAGGAGCAGGUUUAAUCGAUGGUUACGUGUUUAAAUACGACGUGUCUCUGCCGUUGAAAAAUUACUACGAUUUGGUGGGAAUGUUGCGCGAGAGGCUACCGCGAGAGAGCCGCGUGUACGGUUAUGGUCAUGUUGGUGAUGGCAACAUUCAUAUAAACGUAACAGCGCUUGAAUAUAGUAAAGAAUUUAAAGCAUUAUUGGAGCCUUUCAUCUUUGAAGAAGUUGCAAAACUCAAGGGAUCUAUUAGUGCUGAGCAUGGCGUAGGAUUUAGAAAACCACAGUUCUUACAUUACAGCAAGGACGAGUCAGCUCUACAACUUAUGAAAGAUCUGAAGCAAUCUAUGGAUCCUAAUGGUAUACUUAACCCGUAUAAAGUGCUACCGGACGCACAUAAUAGU